AUGGUCUAUUAUUGCGGAUAUCUCGUGCGAAAGGACUGGUUGUUCCAGCGAGCCGUUGAGUUGGGACAUUCGCCCACAACACCCACAUCGGAUAUUGUCUCCCUGGCUUCAAGGGAUCUCAUGGUACAGACGGGUGUUUACUUCUACACCAGGCUUCGUCAAGUAAAAACCGCCAAGGGCACCACAUUUUGGUGCAUUGCCUUCGCCUCGAACGAUCCUGGCGAACAGCUACCAACCAACGCGCCGUCGGAGGAAAAAUACAAGGCUUUGAAGGAGGUGCUGCAGAAGAAAGGCCCGCCUCGCUGGUACCGAGCUUAUUGA